AUGAAGGCAUACCGCGCAAGAGACAGUGCCUUAGAAGGUAUCUUUGGCAAGGCUGGACUCCAAUACCGGAGACUGUUCGACUACAAAUCUGAAUUGGAACGGACACAUCCUAGUUGGAGUGUGCAUAUACACUACAAAAACUUCAGGGAUCCUGAAGCUGACGGCCCGAGAUUCUUGAGGUUUUACUAUUGCCUCGGGCCAUUGAAAAAUGGCUGGAUGCGUUUUUGCCGUCCAAUUAUUUUAUUGGAUUCCUGUUUCUUGAGACGUAUGUACCGAGGGCAACUUAUGACGACCAUGAGAAUUGAUCCAAACAACGGUUGGUGGCCUAUUGCGUGGGCGGUGACUGAGGCUGAGAGCUAUGAUCAGUGGAAAUGGUUCCUCGUCUACCUAGCAGAGGACCUUCACAUACAUGAGAAUGCCCCAAGAUUUGUCUUCAUGUCUGAUCAGCAAAAGGGUCUUGCAAAAGCCAUCGUUGAGGAUUUCCCACAGAGCGAGCAUCGCUUAUGUGUUCAGCACAUCUACAACAACUUCAAGAAGAGAUUCAUCGGGGAGAAUUUUAAGGAAAUACUGUGGGAGCUUGCAUCGAGUACAACCCACGAACAUGUUGCUCCAAAAGAAAAAUGGGUGAAGACAUAUUUCCCUUCACAUGCUUGCUGUGAUGUUAUCCUCUACAAUAUCUACGAGACCUUUAAUUCGAAGAUAGCAAUUGCUCGCGAGUUGUCCAUUAUCACCAUGUUAGAGGAGAUCCGGACGAGUCAAAUGGAGAGGAUUCAGAUCAGAGGCCAGUGGAUCAAGGCAUACGAUCACGCACUGCCGCCCGUUAUCAAAGAGAUCGUGGAUAAGUUAUCAUGGAAGCUAACUGGGAUCCCGCGCACUCAUGCCGUCGGUACAAUUAACAAGAAUGAGAAGGAUGUAUCAGACUAUGUCUCCAACUAUUAUUUGCAGUCCAUAAUGUCGAUUCUGUACGAGAAUGUCCUGUACCCAAUCAAUGGGAUGGAUAAUUGGCCCAAGACUUCUGACGUUGGAUUUGAACUGGCACCCCCGAGGACAAAGCGACAGCGUGGACGGCCAAAGAAACUGAGGCGUGAAGAGCCCCAGUCAGUAAGAUUGGGAACAAAUUGCAGGUGGCAGUUUAGUUUGUCUAUAAAUAGGAAGUCAGAGGUUGUACAGUUGACAGCAGCAAAGAAGAUGGAAAAGAGCAAAGCAUUCUCAGCUUCAUUCCUUGUCUGUCUUCUCAUGUUUGCUUAUGUGUGUGAUGCAAGGAAAGAGCCAGGAGAGGUGUGGAAGGCUGUGAUGGAUGAAGAGACUAUGCCUAACGCAAUCAAAGAUCUUAUGGAUUUGGGCUCGAAUCGUUUCGUUAGGGAUUUUGAUGUAAAGCCUAAUGUUAUAAUAUAUCACAGCCGUGAGCAUGCUCAUACUGAAAUCGAAGGUAAUUAGGUGUCGGUCGUUAUAUAAUAAAUCAAAUUUGUAGCAUAUGAAAGGGUUUGAGUGUGGUAGUGGUUACUCAAUUUGUUUUAAUCCCCUAUGCUUUGAUAGUUUGAAUAUGUUGCUUUUUUUUUCUGUAGAAUAAGAAUUUGUUUGCUUUAA